CCAUCAGCAAUCCAAAUGAACUCCUACGCCCCACAGGAUGCAGGUUCAGAGCAGGAGGAAGCCGUUGCCCGCAAGGGUCACUUUUACGGCGUCUAUUUGCUCUGCAGUCAGAGUUUGGAUUCUCGAUACCGGGGAAAGUGCUACGUGGGUUUUACAGUGAAUCCAAAACGCCGCAUACGCCAGCAUAAUCUCGGCUGCGACUUCGGCGGAGCAAGGAAAACCAGCCGCAAGGGGCCCUGGCAGAUGGUUAUGAUAGUCCAUGGAUUCCCGAACAAUAUAGUAGCACUCCAGUUCGAGUGGGCUUGGCAACAGCCCUCGUUAUCGACCAGACUUAAAAUGUACCCUGAGUUGAAGCGCAAAGUGCCCAGGGAGACGUACUUUGACUACAACUUCAGGAUCCUCAGCAGGAUGCUGGGGGUGGGUCCUUGGAAUCGACUGCCACUCACCGUUCGCUGGUUAGAAACGGAUUACGAGAGGGCAUUUGAUGUGCCACUGCCCAGCCACAUGGAGAUCGUGAGUGGUAAAGUCUCCAUAAGUGCCUCUCAACGUAAGAGAGGUGAUGAUGCAGUGGCUCCGCCACCAGUGGCUUGGGCCCCCGAGUGUCACCUGUGUAUGCAGCAAAUCGACCAGCCGGAAAGAUCCCGCCUGGGAUGUACAAAUCCUACCUGCCGGCUCACCUGCCACAUGCUGUGCCUAGCCAACUAUCUCCUAAGCGACGAGCCCGGUCACUAUAUCCCGGUUGGAGGAGAGUGUCCGCUCUGCGAGACCCGUCUCAGUUGGGCAGCCCUGCUGCAGCGCAAACGUCUCCUGCUGGGCAUCCCCGAGGAACUGCAGGAUCAGGAUGAGGACCUCAGUGACGGAAUUGAUGUGGACAGCGAUGUGGAAGAUGUCCCGGAGCUGAGCGAUUGAGUAUAAAUUCUACUGCACUAUUUUACAAACAAGAUAAAUUAAUUCUUUUAGUCUUUUUGCCAUUUUCCAUUACUUUUUUGUUCAGUGUCACAGAUUCAAUGGUCUUUAUAUACUAGUUUUAGUAACAAUUUUAUGUUAAUUUAUAU